AAAGGAAAAGAAAGAGGAAUUAGAAAUAUGUUUUUUAAAACUAUGAAAAAAGUUGACCCGUGAAUUUUUAUCUCAUGGGGUAGGGGCUGGGACUGGGUUGGCCUGUGGUUUUUACCAUUCUGCUUCCUGCUGAUGGAGAGCCAGCCACAAAGACAACUGUUUGGACCCAAACAGUUUGAUUGUUGAAAACACCUUUUUCCUCUUAGAGAAUUGGUAUUUCUGAGGCUUUAACUUGAAACUUCCAAAGUGGUGCUUUAUUCAAGUGGGAUCUUACUUCCUAAGGAUUCGGCUAUGGCUGGGCAAGUAAGGAGUAAGGACUCUUGUUUCCUGGUUUCCCAUCUUGCAUGGCUGUUUUUUUUUUCCUUGUCAGGUGUCCUGAGUGAGGUGUGCCUGUUUACUGGAUUGCUGUCAGUGACAGACAAAGCCUUAGCACAUCUCUGUGGUGUCUCCGCUGUAUCCCAGCAGUGCUGCGCAGAGUUGACCUACAGCAGUUCUUAGAGGCCAGUGCUUGGUUAACUCAGUUUCUGACCGGGGAGAGAGGCCCUAGAGCUAGUAGCAAGGGGUUGGACUUCAGUUCCCUUCUUCCACAUUGCUGAUGUACAGUGGUCAUGGCAGUCCAUCCUCUCAUCAGUUGGCACUGGAUGGUCAAGGUGUGACACAGAUUUUUGGAGCAACCUUGGUUCUUCCGUCUUCCAGUGUCCUGGGUCAUGAAACUUAAUCCACAGCAAGCUCCACUAUAUGGCGAUUGUGUUGUCACUGUACUGCUCGCUGAAGAGGACAAAGUUGAGGAUGAUGUAGUGUUUUACUUGGUGUUCUCGGGUUCUACCCUCCAUCACUGUACCAGUACCCGGAAGGUCAGUUCUGAUACGCUGGAGACCAUUACUCCUGGUCACGACUGCUGUGAGACCGUAAGGGUGCAGCUGUGUGCUUCCAAAGAGGGCCUUCCCGUGUUCGUGGUGGCCGAAGAAGACUUUGAGUUCGUGCAGGAUGAGGCUUACGAUGCAGCCCAGUUCCUGGCAACCAGUGCUGGGAAUCAGCAGGCACUGAACUUCACCCGCUUUCUUGAUCGCUCAGGGCCCCCGUCUACAGAUGUGAAUUCCCUCGACGAGAAGGUGGCCCUGGCAUUCCGGCACCUGAAACUGCCGGCAGAGUGGAAUGUCCUGGGAACAGACCCGACUUUGCAUGAUGGCAGCCCCCGAGAGACGUUGAUGCAUUUUGCCGUGCGGCUGGGACUGCUGAGGUUGGCUUGGUUCCUGUUGCAGAAGCCGGGCGGCCGCGGGGCUCUCAGCAUCCACAACCAGGAAGGAGCGACACCUGUGAGCCUGGCCCUGGAGCGGGGUUAUCACCAGUUGCACAAGCUUCUGACCGAGGAGAAUGCUGGAGAACCAGACUCCUGGAGCAGUUUAUCCUAUGAGAUCCCGUGUGGAGACUGUUCUGUGAGGCAUCACCGCGAGCUGGACGUCUACACGUUAACCUCCGAGUCCCAGUCACAUCCUGCACCCCCAUUUCCUGCAGACAGUUGCUCCGAGCACAUUUUUAAACUUAUGAACAUCCAACAGCAGCUAAUGAAAACAAACCUCAAGCAGAUGGACAAUCUGAUGCCCUUAAUGGUGACAGCACAGGACCCUUCAGGUCUGCCCACUGCCCAAGACACAGAUGGCUCACUCGUUCCCUGCAUAUCCAUGCCCACAGACAGCCAGCAGCUUUCUUCCCCUGCAGAUGCUGAGAGCUCCCCUUGCUACUCAGGGACCACCGUGGGGCAGGGGGAAUGUUCCUCCGAUUUACCCAGCGUGGCUGAGGAAGAGAAUACAGACUGUUCCUGUAGGAAGAAAAAUAGAGGCAUGGAGAAAAAAGAGGAAGAGACGCAGCCAGCACCUACUGUGGACUCUGAAACUGUGUCUGAUCCCGACAGCUGCCUUCAGAGCAUGUCUGAUUGUGGAGGGAAGGGGACAGAAGGUCUUCCGUCCUGUGAAAUCAGAAGUGAAGAAACUAGACCCAAAUCUGCUGCAGUGGCCACAGCCCACGAGUCUCGGAGCAGUGGAGAGAGUGUCCUGCCAGGAAUCACAGUCAUGGAAUCAGGCACAGCCAAGCAUUUCCCUGGAGGCGAACUGGUAGUUGUCAGUGCAGCAGUCGAUGCCAGCGUCCCAGAGGCUGCAGGAGUCUCAGAACGUGGUCUCGUGACCCCGGAUACCACCACCCAGAAAAAGGUGCUCGAGGUUGGGCAAAGUACAGAGGAGAGACUUGAGAACUCUAACGUCAGCACCCCUGGAGCCUCUGAUGUAAACGGCACAAGGAAACCUGUGGAUAAAGCCGUUGUUUCAAACUGUGUUUCUGCCACCAGGCCCCUGGGUGGUGACAAACCUGCUGAGUCUUUUCUUGAAUUGAGUAAUGGAGAAACCUCUAUUGAAAAAACUGCAGAAACUGAAACUUCAAGACUUUGUGAAGGGGGCGUGGGUGCUGCAGCAGAUCAGAACCCACUCAUCGUUCCAGCUGCUGCAAAUGACAAGAUUGCAGACGGCUUCCAACCACACACUCCCUUAGCAAACACAUGCGGGACAGUGUCGCUCACUGGUUCAGCCUUCCCUGGGCCACAAAAAGAUGUUAUGCCAAACCAGAAAUCAGAAGCGAAUUCAUCUCAUGUUCAGAGCCAAAACGGCAAACCACCCAUCUGCUCUGCAACUGGUGACGAGAAACUUUGUGCUGCCUCUGCCCGUCGACAGGGCACAGUGACUUCUGGGGGUGCGUUAGCUUCGAAGCACUGUGAUGGCGUAGUUACCCAGCCUGGAAGCACCAUCACAGGACUGCCCGACGCGCAGCAUGCACCCACUGCUGUCUUCUCGGAAGUCCCACAGGCUAACCAAGCCACCCCUGACUCUGUAAGAGGCACCCAGGAAGAUGUGGGUUUUAGUCCUCUUGAAGUUUCAGAUAAAGAGGGCCAAGCAGGAGGUUUGAACUUGAAAACAUCUUUAACAAAUAUGCUUGAGGUGGUUCCGCAUCCACAUGCCAUUUCCCCCAAAGCAAAGGAAGAGUCAGUGCCAGACCAGGCCGUGUCAUCAGGCAGGACUUUCUCUCUGGCUGGGAGUCCAGGCAGUGAAUCAGUAACCAAAGAUGACGCACUUGUCCCCUCCCAGAAAGAAAAGGGAACAGCAACUCCUGAACCACGUACCGCUACAGAUUGUAGAGAUGGCGGAGAUUCGAGUGAUCCAGAUAAGCAGCCACUAGAAGACAGUGCAGCAGGCCUGCCCACAUCCACUGCCCUGGAUCUUCAGCCCAGCAUGGGGAACACCAGCCCUAUAGGAUUUGGUGGGGAGCAGGAGGGUGCCUGCCUUUCAGCAGCCCCAGAAGUUCUGAACAUCGAGGGGGACACUGACUCUCCCGGGCUACAUAUGGGUAAGGCCCCUUUGGCUUCUGAUUCCAGUUUGACUGAAGGAGGAAGAAAGCUGGUGGUUCCAGAACACUCUGCAGCUCAGGGACAAGACAACAAGUUCAAAGCAGUGAUUUGUUCCUCCCUUAAGGAAGACACUUUUCCUUCGGGAGUGUUGCGAGAAGAGCAGAGAACAGACCCUCCUAAACAGGAGUUACCAGGAGCCCACGGAGAACCUAGCUCAGCUGCCUGUGCCGAGGAACGAGUGCGUGAACACAGUAACUCACGGGACACACCCUCAGCCUGUCUGAACGCAGAAACUAAACAUAACAAGGAAGUGGCCCCACCAGUCUCACUGCUGACUGAAGGUGGGGCUGCACAGAGCCCGGUGCCACCGGGAGCAAGUCUGGCCGCAGACCCAAGCCAGGAAGCCUCGGGUGCAGAGCAGAGCAGCUCACCUCUGCCACCAGGCCUAUUACCAGGUGGGUCUGAGGCUCUUCAUUGCAAUGGAGCUUUCGCUCUGAAUGUUGGCGUGGAAAGCACUCAAGCCCAGGGGAAGACCGCUGCUUGUGAGGCGAGUGGAAAUAUGGCAUUGGAUGUUGCCGUGGUUAAUGCUCUACCAGGAACUGUGGAAGCCAGGAGAAAGGAUUUAUCACGCCACGCACAAGACCUCCCGAUCCCAGGAGCCUCAUUGAACCGAGAGAACAGUGUGAUCCAGGGUUUGCCAGUCGUUUUACCAGACAAAGGUGAGACUGACUUUGCAGUUGCUGCACCCCCAGAGGUGGCGACUCUUGGUUGGGAGAAAGGGAAGCGGGAGAGAGCCAGCCUCGGCUGUAGCAUGGGCGACGCCGAGGGUGCGCAAAUGAGCGAUGACGCACGUCACGUCCUACCGCAGCCCGUUGCCAGAGGGCUCCCCGCAGAGGCAGGGCUCUCAACCAGUGACGACAAGGCCCCGUGCAGGGACAGGGGGGCUCCCCCUGCACCUUAUGCUGUGUCUGCUGGAGCCGGACAUCUGCCUAAGAGAGCAGACUCGAUCGAGGAGGCUGCCAGCCGUAUAGUGGAUGCUGUCAUAGAACGGGUCAGGGCCUCAGGCGCCCUGCUCACCGAGGGGGAAAUCAGUCACGUGUCACCGGCUAGUCCUUCAAAGUCAGGUCCAGGGACUGAACAGCUGGAGAGUGCUUCUGCGGGGAAAGAGAUCGCUCUCCCGCCUGAGGAAACCACACACAUGGGCAGUUUUCAUGAAGAAGCCCCUGGGAACCCCUCAGAAGGUAUUGCUGGAAGGGAGGAGCCAGAGAAGAUAAUUCAGCCUGGUCAAGGACGUGAGCCGGCAACAGAAAUGCCGGACACCAAAGCUGACGAUGAAGUGGAUUUUCUGAGGGACACCAGGGGGAGUUCGGUUUCUGAGGAGGUGGCUGUAGGCGACACAGCCGCUAUGCCUGCGGUGGCCAGGCAAGGCCCGAAGACCCAGGCGAUAAACCGAGAAAGCUGGUGUACGAUAGAGCCGUGUGCGGAUGCGCCGUCUCUCUUGCCCCCCACGCAGAGCCCAGAAUGUGAGAACUUCCUGGAUGUUGGGCUGGGCAGGGAGUGCGCCCCCAAGCAAGGCGUACUUAAAAGAGAAUCUGGGAGUGAUUCCGACCUCUUCCACUCGCCCACUGAAGAAGUGGACAACAUCGUCUUCUCCAAGCCCGAGGAGGAGCAGUCGGUCUGUGACAUCACCGGAUCCAGUUCCUCCACCGAUGACACAGCUUCCCUGGACCGGCAUUCGUCUCACGGCAGUGAUGUGUCCCUCCCCCAGAUAUCGAGUGUGAACAGGGCCAGGGACCCGCAGUCUCUCGAUGGCUUCUCCAGCCUUGGGGUGGGGGUCGAGGGUCGGGAGAGUGAGAGUGAACCUGCCGGCUCAGGUGAGAUGGAAGAGGAGGAGAUGGACAGCAUCACCGAGGUGCCCGCGAACUGCUCUGUGCUGAGGAGCUCCAUGCGCUCUCUGUCCCCUUUCCGGAGGCACAGCUGGGGGCCUGGCAAGAACGCGGCCAGCGAUGGUGAAAUGAACCACCGGAGUUCAAUGCGUGUUCUGGGGGAUGUUGUCAGGAGGCCUCCCAUUCAUAGGAGAAGUAUGAGCUGGUGUCCCUCUGGUGUGCAAUACUCUACUGCCCUGAGCGCUGACUUUAAUUACAGAAGUUUCAGCCUAGAAGGCUUGGCAGGAGGAGAUGGUGUCGGAAACAAACCAUCCUCAUCUCUGGAAGCCGUCAGCUCUGCGAACACCAAGGAGCUCAGACACCCUUUCAGUGGUGGGGAGCGGGGUGACUCUCUGGUGUCCCUUUCGGAAGAGGAUCUGGAAUCAGGCCAGAGAGAACAUAGGAUGUUCGAUCAGCAGACCUGUCACGGAUCUAAACCACAGGGAUUUAAUUACCGUACCUCAGCCAUUUCUUCUACAUUGACAAAAUCCAUCUCAUUAAUGACCAUCAGCCAUCCUGGGUUGGACAAUUCCCGGCCUUUCCACAGCACCAGUGCUAACCUGACAGAGAGUAUAACAGAAGAGAACUACAACUUCCUGCCCCAGAGCCCCUCCAAGAAGGAUUUUGAAGGGAAGAGCGGCACGAAAGUGAGCCGCACUUUCAGCUACAUCAAGAAUAAAAUGUCCAGCAGUAAAAAGAGCAAAGAAAAGGAAAAAGAGAAAGAUAAAAUUAAGGAGAAGGAGAAGGAUUCCAAAGAGAAGGAGAAGGACAAGAAGAACCUCAACGGCCACUCUUUCAGCUCCAUGCCUGUCGUGGGCCCGAUCGGCUGCAGCCAGUGCACAAAGCCUUUCACCAACAGAGAUGCCUACGCUUGUGCAAACUGUAGUGCUUUUGUCCACAAAGGCUGCAGAGAAAGUCUGGCCUCCUGUGCAAAGGUCAAGAUGAAGCAGCCCAAAGGGAGCCUGCAGGCACAGGACACGUCUUCGCUGCCCACGGUCAUCAUGAGGAACAAGCCCGCGCAGCCCAAGGAGCGCCCUCGGUCCGCGGUCCUCCUGGCGGACGAAACCCCUGUGGCCACCAUGUUUUCUCACAGGCGGUCCCAGCAGAGCGUGUCACUGUCCAAAAGCGUCUCCAUACAGAACAUUGCUGGAGUCGGCAACGACGAGAACAUAUCGAACACCUGGAAAUUCCUGUCUCACUCCACAGACUCGCUAAAUAAAAUUGUCAAGGUCAAUGAGUCCACAGAAUCACUUACGGAUGAGGGAGUAGGUACAGAUAUGAAUGAAGGACAACUGUUGGGAGACUUCGAGAUUGAGUCCAAACAGCUGGAAGCAGAGUCCUGGAGCCGGGUAGUGGACAGCAAGUUUCUGAAACAGCAGAAGAAAGACGUGGUGAAGCGGCAAGAAGUGAUCUAUGAGCUGAUGCAGACGGAGCUGCACCAUGUCCGCACGCUCAAGAUCAUGAGCGACGUGUACAGCCGGGGGAUGAUGACGGAUCUGCUGUUCGAGCAGCAGAUGGUGGAAAAGCUGUUCCCGUGUUUGGAUGAGCUGAUCAGCAUCCACAGCCAGUUCUUUCAGAGGAUCCUGGAGCGGAAGAAGGAAUCCCUGGUGGAUAAAAGCGAAAAGAACUUUCUCAUCAAGAGGAUGGGAGAUGUGCUUGUAAAUCAGUUUUCAGGGGAGAACGCAGAACGCUUAAAGAAGACAUAUGGCACGUUCUGUGGGCAGCACAACCAGUCCGUGAACUACUUCAAAGACCUGUAUACCAAGGAUAAGCGUUUCCAGGGGUUUGUAAAGAAGAAGAUGAGCAGCUCAGUCGUGAGGAGGCUCGGAAUCCCAGAGUGCAUACUGCUGGUGACCCAGCGCAUCACCAAGUACCCCGUUCUGUUCCAAAGGAUACUGCAGUGCACCAAAGACAACAAAGCGGAGGAGGAAGACCUGGCUCACUCCUUGAGCCUGGUGAAGAAUGUGAUCGGAGCUGUAGACAGCGAAGUGGCCAGUUACGAAAAGAAAAUGCGUCUCAAUGAGAUCUACACCAAGACAGACAGCAAGUCGAUCAUGAGAAUGAAGAGCGGUCAGAUGUUUGCCAAGGAGGAUCUGAAGCGGAAGAAGCUGGUGCGGGACGGGAGUGUGUUUCUGAAGAACGCGGCGGGAAGGUUGAAAGAGGUUCAAGCAGUUCUGCUGACUGACAUCCUGGUUUUCCUUCAAGAAAAAGACCAGAAAUACAUCUUUGCGUCAUUGGACCAGAAGUCCACGGUGAUUUCCUUGAAGAAGCUGAUCGUGAGGGAAGUAGCGCACGAGGAGAAAGGCUUGUUCCUGAUCAGCAUGGGCAUGAAGGACCCGGAGAUGGUGGAGGUCCACGCCAGCUCCAAAGAAGAGCGGAACAGCUGGAUCCAGAUCAUCCAGGACACGAUGAACACCCUGAACAGAGAUGAAGAUGAAGGGAUCCCUAGUGAAAAUGAGGAAGAAAAGAAAAUGCUGGACACCAAAGCCCGGGAAUUGAAAGAACAACUUCAGCAAAAGGACCAACAGAUCCUGCUCUUACUGGAAGAAAAGGAGAUGAUCUUCCGGGACAUGGCUGAGUGCAGCACCCCUUUGCCAGAGGAAUGCUCCCCAACUCAGAGCCCUCGAGUCCUCUUCCGUGCCAACACAGAAGAGGCUCUCAAAGGAGGACCUUUAAUGAAAAGUGCAAUGAAUGAGGUGGAGAUCCUUCAGAACCUGGUGAGUGGAGGCCUGGGGGGCCCGCUCGGGCAGGCUGUCGGCAGCCCCGCUGGGCAGGAAGGCGCGGUCGGCCCCGUGUCCUUGCCCCGGAGAGCAGAGACCUUCGGCGGAUUCGACAGUCACCAGAUGAACGCUUCAAAAGGAGGUGAUAAGGAAGAGGCAGAUGAUGGCCAAGAUCUUAGGAGAACAGAGUCGGAUAGUGGUCUGAAAAAGGGUGGAAAUGCUAACCUGGCAUUUAUACUUAAAAGAAACAAUGAGCAGGUGGCCCAGAGCAUCGUCCAUCUCCACCAGCUCCUCAGCACUCUGCAGGGGGUGGUGUUGCAGCAGGACACCUACAUCGAGGACCAGAAGCUGCUGCUGGCCGAGAGGGCGCUCACCCGGAGCCUGUCCCGCCCCAGCUCGCUCAUCGAGCAGGAGAAGCAGCGCAGCCUGGAGAAGCAGCGCCAGGACCUGGCCAACCUGCAGAAGCAGCAGGCGCAGCACCUGGAGGAGAAGCGCAGGCGGGAGCGCGAGUGGGAGGCCCGGGAGCGGGCGCUGCAGGAGCGUGAGGCCCGGCUGGCCCAGCGCGAGGAGGAGGUGCAGCGGGCGCAGCAGGACCUGGAGAGGGACCGGGAGGAGCUCCAGCAGAAGAAGGGCGCCUACCAGUAUGACCUGGAGAGGCUGCGCACGGCCCAGAAACAGCUGGAGAGGGAGCAGGAGCAGCUGAAACGGGACACGGAGCGGCUCAGCCAGAGGCAGAUGGACCGCGACGCCUGUCAGGUUUCACAUCGACACACCAAGCUGCUGAAGAUCCCGUCCUUCCUCCCCAACCCCGAGGAGUCCCCCUUGCCUUCUGCACCUUCGAUAGCCAAAUCGGGCUCGUUGGACUCAGAUCCCUCAGUGUCCCCCAAAAGGAACAGCAUUUCUCGGACACAGAAAGAUAAGGGGCCUUUUCACAUACUGAGUUCCACCAGCCAGACCAGCAAAGUCCCAGAGGGUCCGAGCCAGACCCCGGUGCCCACCUCCUCCUCUUCCACCACACGCCUGUUUGGGUUACCAAAGACAAAGGACAAGAAGGAGAAGAAGAAGAAGAGCAAAGGAGACCGCUCGCAGCCCCGUGACGGCCCUGCAUCAGAGGUGCCCACAGAGGGUGAAGAGAUCUUCUGCUGACCCCAUUCCUCUGCCGGCAGUGUCGCCAGCCCUGCCCCCCUGCGUCCCUGCGUGCCCACUCCGUCCCGUCGACACCGUGCUCCACCAGCGUCUACUGCUCCGCGCCACCUCGGGCCGUGGACCUGGGGAACGAGUGGUCCCGAGCGUCAGGGUGGGUAAGGUGGCCCCAGACUUACCCACCCAGGUCACUGCCCUCGACUCUCGGGCUGGGGCCGGCCUACCUGAGGAUGUUACCCUGAGAAGAGUGUCCCCCGAAGUCCAGGUGCUGGUUUGGGACAUGUCAGGAAUUCCUAAAAGCUGAACGAACGUUUCCAGAUGAGGGGCGCGUGCUGGCUUCCUUUCAUUCUGGGGAACACACCUGAAAGCCGGACGGCAGGCAGUGUGGACUUCCUGUGUGCGCGUAGACGGUAGCCGUCGGCACCGACGGGGGUGCGGCAGAACCGUGCACCUUCGGUCCCAGACACUCCCUGCAGGUGGCUCGCAGGCGCUCGGCCUCUCGCCUGCUAGGCCCCCGAGGCGGUGUCGUCCCCCGCCCGCCUCACCCCUGUGGACAUGGGUUUCUCAUUUCAUUUCAGAAGGGAUGACAAGCAUUUGUGAAAACCAGUGAGAAUGGACCUGGUGCGUUUCAAAACCAUGAGAGCUGCACCAGCUUGGUUUUGGUAUUUCAGUCACAGCCUCUAGCGAUCUCAUUGGUCAGUUCCGGAAGAAACUCUGCACUGGCUUUCCAAGGUGUUUGCCACGUAUUCCCGGCACAGAUGAAGUAGAGAGGCCUCCUCACUGUUACCCUUGCAGCGUGACACUUUCUGGUUGUCACUGACCAUUCAGAAAUGGCCACGGCCUCCUGGCAAUGUUCCUGAGACCUUGUGCAGUACCCCCCGAGAGCAGUUGCUCCUGCCUGACCCUCCCUGUGGGAGACAGCGGUCCCCUCCACGUUCCACCAAUAGGGACCGCAUGCCCCCCCCGCAGGGAGCUUGUCCCCACCCUGUACUGGGACAGCUGGCCAAGGAGGAGGGCCAGUGAAGGUGUGAGCUUCCACCAGUGCAGACAGAAGAGCCGGUCCAGGCGUGGCUUGCGAAGGUUCUCAUUCUGUGUCACGGGGCCUUGGCAAAAUUUAAUUUCUUAAAAAAAAUUUUUUUUAAUUUAAAGGUUUGUUGGUUCUUACACUCGGAUGCUUGAUGAUGCCUGUGUUUUAUGCCACCUGUGUUUCAUGUUCUUUUCCCUUCUCCUCCUUUUCCUUCGGCGUUGGCAUCUGUGUCUGUUUUCAGCUUGUCACCGGCUGGCAGGUGCAGGACGGUUCAUGGGUGACGUUUCCCUCCGAGGCCUCACACGCCUGCCACGCUGGGAGCUCCCAGGGGGCGAGACUGGGGACAAUUCUCUGCUUUAAAUGUGGCCUUUGAUUCCUGCUUUCGCCCCUUAGGAGCCGGGUCUUUGACCAUACUUUUUAAAAACAAAAAAAACCCCUGUAACUUGGUGCUUGUUGAUGAAUUGCAAGCUGGCCUUGCAGAUGGAGAUAUUUAUCUUUCAGUUUAUUUGAAAGAGGUCUGGUUUAAAAUUGUUAGCCUAGAUUUGUUUUAUUUAUUGUGUGUGUCUGUGUGUGCCUGUGUGUGCCUGUGUGUGUCUGUGUGUGUGAUAAGGGUGAACAUACUACUCCAACGGUUUCAACUAUUACCUGAUCACUACGGAGAAGGAACAGCGGCCCGCCUGCUCGCUCCUCGGCGUCUGUCAAAGUGCCUUGAAGGCCCCAAAGAAAUUACCACUGGGGGAGGGGUCCCUUUCCUUCCCUCCUCCCACCCCACCUCGUUCUUUGCUCGAGGGAUGUCUUCCUGCUUGAGAGCUAAGAAACUGGCCGCCUGUGAGGGACGUUUGCCUGUUUUUGUCAUUGAGAUUUCUUACCUUUCAGUAAUAGACUUUAGGGAAGAAACUGAGCUUUCUCUUGAAAUCAUGAUGUAAUACCCCCACGCCCCCCCCCCACCCAAAGACCCUAAACAGCAAAAGCUACGUUGCUUGCUUCCUUCUGCCAGGCCCCCAGCUUCAAGGUGCAGCUGUGGCUGUGCUGGCUUUCCCAGGAGCCGCGUGGAACUCCGUGUGUCACUUGCUGGAGGCAGCCCCCGGCUCCGUGUUGCACAGAGAGAAGUGCUCUGCCAGAAGGGGCCCUGGCAAACCUCCUUCCUCUGGGUCGGCGUGGGCCGGGCCACCUGUGCUCCGGGCUGCAAACAGGAAGGGCUUCGUGCCCAAGAGGUUGGCGGUCACGAGUGCCCUUUGCAGAGGCGCUGCGGGCUCUGAGCACUGGACCGGGCCGCACAGCGCGGCUGGGGUUUCGGCCCCACAGACCCGUGCUCUCCACCCGCCGUGGUGUCUCCCCUUGGGCGUGGAGCUCAGGGCUUCAGCUGCUGCACUUGUGCUUCUGGCCCCGAGAACGGCUGUGGCCAGCCAGGCUGAGCCCUGUCUGGGAGCCUUCCCCAUGACGAGCGGUUGUCUUCCAGGGCGACGCGGAUUCAGUUCCCUGGGGUCGUCCCAUGUGAGAAAGCUGUGCUUCUCCAUCAAGCCCCAGAAGUCAGGUGCCCCAGAUUGAGUUUAAGUUUUGGGGGGUGGAGGGAGACAACCUCCCAGAGUCCCCAGAUUUUCAGAACCUAGUAAAUUUUCUGGAAGGAGGGUGUAUCUUCUCUCAGUUACAUCAUCUCAGUGGCUGUCAUCCUGCCUGGGUGGCACGUGCACUUUGCAGGCCGUCAGCAAGUUGGCUUCAUUGUGGUGACACCUGUGUCGACUGGUUUCUUCUUUGAACAUGGAGAGAGUUAAAAACAUGCAAAUUGCUAUAAUUCAGCCUUUGCCAACACGCCAUCUUCUCCCCUCACAAGGGCUGUCUGUGGGCAAGGCACCUGUGUCAAGAUGGUUUUUGGAAAGGUACGAACCUUAUCCCUUUUCCUCUUAUGUCUCAGGGUAAUGCCACUGAAGGUCGUCCCUUCGCUCGUCUGCUCCCUUCGUCCCCCGCCCUCCCCCCCACCCCGGCGUGAGUGGCAGUGAGCACAGAUGUGUAAGAGCCUUGGGGUUUGUCGGACCCUUCUUGAGUGGAGGGGAGAUGGCGUGGAGGGGUUAAUAACAUAGGCUGUCGGAAGUAAAAGUUAGAGCCACAGUCUUAGAGGCCAGAACCUGAUCCAGAAGUUUCAGUUUACUGAAGUGGUUCCUGUUUCAUCCUUCUGUUUCCAGGGCUCUUUACCUGCAGCUGUUUCUUUCUUCCCGAGGAUUUUGGAACAGACAUGGGAACGGCAGUUUACUUUGGCGUCGAUGGGUGGCCGGUUGUGCCCAGAGGACAGCCAAGCCCUGGGAGGGCGUUAGAGAGAUGGUCCUGGUGGGCGGGCUCCCGUGGCCAUAAAGAGGAUGGACCGCUUGGAGGGGACACUGCAAAAGGGCAUCAACAUCAGCCCCUGUCCCCCGCCACCCCUUUGCUUGGAUGCCCGUGCAGUGUGGAGCCGGAAAUGUGCCUGUGGAGUGCGUGGUUGGCAGAGGUUGAGAGAGAGGUGUGCCUGCCUGCCUGCCUGCCUGCCUGCCUUUAGCAGGGCCGGUGGACAUGCACACGACCCAGGUCCCAACUGGCCGGGUGCCAGCCUGUUUGCUCUUCUGACCGGCCCUCAGAGACAAGGCUGGGGGCAGAGAGUUGGUUUCGGUUCGGUUCCUCCUUUUUCCUUCAACAUAGCACAACAUUCCUCGUUAACCAGAGUUUAGAAUCUACUGCCUGCUGGCCAGGUUUUAAAAUGAGAAGUAUUUUAAUGCUGCCAUAAAAAGAAAAAGACAAAACAAAGGCUUCUUUCCAUGGCCUCCUGGCUCAAUUUAAUUUGUCAGAAAGAUGACAGGCCUUGCAGUAGUUCUCCAUCUCGCUAAGGUUUGAAGAUGGGCAAACCCAAGUGGCUCAAGUCUCUCGCACCACAGACGGUGCGGACCUGCUGCACACGCCCAGUCUGAGUCGGCCGGUGCCAGGGCCUCCCUGCUGGGAGCCAGAGGGUCUGCGCCCCCGGCCUCUGUGCACCCCGGGUCUGCACCCCCGCUUGAACACCUCUGCCUUUGCAGCCGCCUGACCGGAGGGCAGCGAGAGCGCUCCGCCAGGGACCCGCCCUGUGGCUGUGUUCAGCCUGUGGUUUCCUGUGUGUCACGUACCCUGUCACCCCGCCGGGGGCGCGGGGCGGCGCCAGGAUGUGCGGGAGGGUGAUCGCACACACCUCGUACCUCUGCUUCUGCUCGUCGUUUCCGAUGCUACGUGAGCAUUUCUGUGCUAAAUCCUAUGAAAUAAAAAGUGGUUAAAACCAAGAUGCUGUACAGUAAUUUGUAAUUAUGUAUAAAGUAAAAAGCUGUUUUAAACUAUAAAGAUUUUUUUUUUCAGUGUUUUCUGGAAUUUUACCAUGACAUACUGGCUUUGUAUUUUAUUUAUCUUCUUAUCUUAGUUACUGGCUUCAGAUUCUUGUAAAAUUCUUUUCAACCCUUCCAAAAAAAUAAAUGUCCUCUAAGUCUUCA